AUGGCAUGUCAAAAUGCUAGUAAAUCUUUGUUUUCUUUUAGUGAUAAUCAGACUGCCACCGUGACUGGUGCUGCUGCAAAAAAGGAGAAGGAUGAGAAGGAGCCCUCCUUCUCAAUGCUCUCGAAUCCAGCGCGCGUUUUGCGAGCUCAACAACGUGUGCUCUCCCUCCCUGACGAUUGUCGAUACUACUCCAUCAAGCCAAUUACUCAGGCAGGAAUUCUUCUUUUCCAUGAUCGAAGACCCGAUGAAAAGGAGGUGCUUGUUGAAGCCGUACAGCCUCACGGCCCAACGGUUUCGACCCGCACUGGUAAGGGUGGUUCCAAGGGUGGUGCAAGUGGGGCCAGUGGCUCGGACGACCAAGGUUCGAGUAGCACCAGUGGACUUAAUGAAGAAACUGCCGCCGACCAGCCUGUCCACGCGUCCACAGUGGGGGCUCUGUUGGAAGAGGAAGAUGAUGAGGAUGAAGACGAGGAUGAUGUGGAUGACGAUGAUGAGGAUGAUGAUGUUGAUGACGAGGAUGAGGAGGAUGAAGGGGGUUCGAUGUCGGAAGAUGAUGAAGAUGAUGUGGAUGAUGUGGAUGUUGAUGAGGCUAUGUUGGAUGAAGACGCUGAGGAUUAUGAGACAAGACCUCGUGGGCAUCGAGGAACUGGGUCAAAGUCAGGUGGAGGUGGGUCUGGCACCACUGGCACAUCCACUUCGACAUCGCAGCAACAACAUGAACCAGCACCACCGGAGUCCUUCGUAUGGACAGAGGACGACGCCGUUCCUGAAGCCACAACAGCAGCUGCUUCGGCAACUGGCACGACAAAUACUACUACCACGGCAACUGCCACCGUAGGAAGUGGUGAGGUGACAGCUACGACCCAGAGUCAAAGCCAGCCUGUCGCAGAACCGAUGGACACGGAUACUCCUGCACCUCAGGCGGAGGAGGAGGAGGAAGAGGAGGGUUCGGAUGUGGAUGAGAUUAUUGCAAAACAACAGAACAAAAAGCCACCCGAGUGA